UGGCGAUUCCCGGAAGACGCGCCGAUGGGACCAGAGGAGAUUCCUCCUGGAUGGGAGGGUCCGCUGACUGGGUGUGAGGCUGCGGAGAGGAAAUUUCCCCAAAAGAAAACCUUUCCAACCUAGCGGGUUGGGGGGAGAGAAGACAAAUUGAGCGCCCCUGGCUCACUUCCCCACUCCCAAGCCCCCGCCCGAGCCCCGCCGGUGUGGCACACGUCGUCUGGGCACCACAAAGCGGAGAUCUCGGGCCUCAGGCCGAGGCGGGAGCCUUGCUGGGAGGAUCGCGGGCCAGGGGCCCUCAUCCCCGCCUCGGCAUCCGCCGCUGACGUCGCCUGAGAAGUCUGGGGAGGGAGGAGCUCCGACAGGCGGGCUCGGGUGGCUGGCAGCGCCUGGGAGGGCCAGGUCGGAGAGAGGAAGCUCCUCCCCUGUGCGCUCCGCCGCCGCAGAGUUGACCCGUCUCUAGAAGAGAAGAGUCCGCUCCGGCUCCGGGUAAGCAGCGGCUUGGCGUGGGCUGCGCGAGGAAUGGACGGCCUCGUGACCUAGUGUCCCGCAGCCUGUAGGGCCUGCCGACCCGGCUUGCGCAAGGGGUGGAGCCGCGGGAGCGGCGGGCACUUCCGGAAUCGACCGGCUUGCCUGAGUGCCCGCGCCACCCGCUACCAUGAACGAGGAGGCCAUCUGCAGCGCCCUGCCCACCAUCCCGUACCACAAGCUCGCCGACUUGCGCUACCUGAGCAGCGGCGUGUCCGGCACCGUGUCUUCUGCCCGCCACGCAGACUGGCGCGUUCAGGUGGCCGUGAAACACCUGCACAUUCGCACCCCGCUGCUCGACAGUGAAAGAAAUGAUGUCUUAAGAGAAGCUGAAAUUUUACACAAAGCUAGAUUUAGUUACAUUCUUCCAAUUUUGGGAAUUUGCAAUGAGCCUGAAUUUUUGGGAAUAGUUACUGAAUACAUGCCAAAUGGGUCAUUAAAUGAACUCCUACAUAGGAAAAAUGAAUAUCCUGAUGUUCCUUGGCCAUUAAGAUUUCGUAUUCUGCAUGAAAUUGCACUAGGUGUAAAUUACCUGCACAAUAUGAAUCCUCCUCUACUUCAUCAUGACCUGAAGACUCAGAAUAUCUUAUUGGAUAAUGAAUUUCAUGUUAAGAUUGCAGAUUUUGGUUUAUCAAAAUGGCGCAUGAUGUCCCUCUCACAAUCACGAAGUAGUAAAUCUGCACCAGAAGGAGGGACAAUUAUCUAUAUGCCACCUGAAAACUAUGAACCUGGACAAAAAUCAAGGGCUACUAUCAAGCAUGAUAUAUAUAGCUAUGCAGUUAUCACAUGGGAAGUCUUAUCUAGGAAACAGCCUUUUGAAGAAGUCACCAAUCCUUUGCAGAUUAUGUAUAGUGUGUCACAAGGACGUCGACCUGACACUAAUGAAGAAAGUUUGCCAUUUGAUAUACCUCAUCGAGCACUUAUGAUCUCUCUAAUAGAAAGUGGAUGGGCGCAAAAUCCAGAUGAAAGACCGUCUUUCUUAAAAUGUUUAAUAGAACUUGAACCAGUUCUGAAAACAUUUGAAGAGAUAACUUUUCUUGAAGCUGUUAUUCAACUAAAGAAAACAAAGAGUGCUUCAAGUAUCAUUCACUUAUGUGACAAGAAGAAAAUGGAGUUAUCUCCGAACAUACCUGUAAAUUAUGGUCCACAGGAGGAAUCAUGUGGAUCCUCUCAGCUCCAUAAAUCUAGUGUUUCUCCUGGAACUUCAAGGUCCCUGUCAGCUCCUCAAGACAAUGAUUUUUUAUCUAGAAAAACUCAAGACUUUUCUGUGAUGCAUCAAUGUCCAGUAAAUCACAGUUGUGACAGUAACAUUUCUGUGGCUCAAAGAGCAACAUUCUGUGAUCACAGGGCUGCUCCAUGCUCUUUAGCAAUAAUAAAUCCACUCUCAGCUGAGGGAAAUUCAGAGCGAUUUCAGCCUGGUAUAACCCAACAGUGGAUCCAGAGUAAAAGGGAAGAUAUUGUGAACCAAAUGACUGAAGCCUGCCUUAACCAAUCUCUAGAUGCCCUCCUGUCCAGGGAUUUGAUCAUGAAGGAGGACUAUGAACUCAUUAGUACCAAACCUACAAGGACCUCAAAAGUCAGACAAUUAUUGGAUACUAGUGACAUCCAAGGAGAAGAAUUUGCCAAAGUUAUAGUACAAAAAUUGAAAGAUAACAAGCAAAUGGGUCUUCAGCCUUACCCAGAAAUACUUGUGGUUUCUCAAUCUCCAUCUUUAAAUUUAUUUCACAAUAAAAGCCUAUAA